AUGAAUAGCAUUCUCAUGUCAAGUAAUGGAAUCACUUACAUCUUAUAAUAAUAAUUAGGUAGUGGUUCAUUUGGGACUGUAUAUCGAGUCUUAGAUAUGAGAACAAACAAAUAUUAUGCUUGCAAAAUAGUAUUAAUUUUAGUUAAAGAAUAGAUUUCAAAAGCUUUGUUAUAGAAAUACAAUGCAGAAUCAAUGAUAAGAUAAGAGAUUAAAAUGCAAUCAAUAUUAAAUCAUAAAAACAUACUAAAAGUUUAUAAUUCAUUUGAAGACAAUCAAAAUAUUUAUAUAAUUUCUGAAUAUUGUUCCCGUGGAUCGUUAUAAUUUCCAAAAAUCCCUUAUUAGGAAAAAGAUGUCUUUAAUGUAUGUAUAUCCUUGUUAGGAGCUCUGGAUUGUUUACAUUCCAAUAAAAUAAUUCAUCGAGAUUUAAAAGUAAAUAUAAAUGAUUAUAUCUUCUAAAAUUAGUUAGAAAAUGUUUUUCUUCAUGAUGACGGAACUUAUAAAUUAGGGGAUUUUGGUUGGGCUACUUAUAUCGAUAAAGUGGAGCCCAUUCUUUGUGGAACUACUGAAUAUAUGCCACCAGAGGUUGUUUUAAAAUAACCACAUAAUUACAAAGUAGAUUGUUAUUCACUUGGAGCAUUAAUUUAUGUAUUAUUACUUAUGAGUAUUAAUUAUUAGAUUUUACUUCAUACUCAUUUUCCAAUUCAAGCUAGCUCUUAGCCUGCAUUAAUAGAUAAAAUUAUUAGUCAAGAAGUUAUUGUUAAUAAAUGUGUUGAUGAGGACUUACAAAUUUUAAUUUAAGCAUUGUUAACUAAAGAUCCAAUUGAAAGACCUUCAGUUUAAUAAUUGUAUUUGAGUAGAUGGAUAAAAAAAUAAAUGAAGUUAAAUAAUAUUUUCAAUAAAUAUGAAAAUGAAUAACUCAAAAACAAAUUUCGGAAUAAAAAUAUUGCUAUAAAGAGUUUAGAGAUGAAGUAAUAUUUUAAAAUUAUAAUCUUAAAAGUGGAUCACUCAAAUCUAGCUUAUCAGAUAGUCAAAAGAGUUCGUUAACUCACAGUUCAAGUACUUAAAUUAGUUCAUCUAAUAAUCCUUGUUCACCUCUUGCUAAUAAAUGCAAUAUUGAUUAGAUAUUUAAUUUCAAGGAUUUUGAAAGUAUCAACUCUGUACCAUAACCUAAACUUUACUGA